AUGUUAUCUUUCUACUUUCUUCUCCUCUUUGCAGUGGAGAUAACUGCUGCUUCAGCCGGUGAAGGCUGGAUACCAGUGCAGCGUAGUUCCAGGAUAGUGUUCGAUCUAGAGAAGUGUCCUCUUGAAAUAAAGACGGAUAGUAUUCUGGGGAGCAGAGAUACGGUACUUGUGUGGUUCUACACUUCAUCCGGGGACUAUGUAGGAGGAGCCUCCAUCAGAUUCUCCUCUAGUCCACAGUACUGGAUUUCCCGGUGCAGCAGCUCCGGCUACACUAACUUCCCAACUACCCUCCCCUCUGCUAAAGACAAGGAUUGGAGGAUGACCCUAACCAGGACCUCAGGUAUCAGACUAGUCAUACACUGUAACGAAGAGGAGGUGCUCAACAUCCUCAUCUCAGACUCAACGUGUAGUAACAGUGCCUGGAACCAGACCUGGAGCAGAAACAUAAAGAAGAUAAUGUUCUCAUCUCAAGACACUGCAUCAAACUACUAUAGAGUUAUAAAACCAGGUGACUGA